UGUAGGUUUCGUCUUGGGUAUUGACAGCUAAAUGCUUUAUCUAAAUGCUAUCUAUCUAACGUGUGAUGAUGGUGUUCAUUAGUUUUUUUUAAUGUGGAACUGUAUGUGUUCUCAUUCAGGCUGAAGGGAAACUUGUAACGUUAGAUUUAACUGAUAUUCCUUUGCUCAAGCCUGUAAACUUUAAACACCCUAUGUUGCACUGAGCGCAGGCAGUUUCAUGAACAACAUAUCGAUGACCUAAACCUAUGAUGGCCAAGGUCCCAGUGAUUUUGGAUGGAGGAUUAGCAACAGAACUGGAAGCAGCUGGUGUUAAAAUACAGGGAGACCCAUUAUGGAGUGCUCGAAUUUUGCAUACUAAUCCAAAGGCAGUCAAAGAAGCCCAUUACCGAUUCCUGAACAGUGGUGCUGAUGUUAUCACAACAGCUACAUACCAGGCUAGUGUUGAAGGGUUCAUCCAACACCUGGGUCUGACAACUGAGCAGGCUAAUCAGUUGUUGAUGUCAGGAGUGCAGCUGGCCAAGGAGACAGUAGAGGACUUCAAAGCUACCUGUCUUCAGUCAGGAAGGAGGGUGCCAUUGGUGGCCGGAUCUAUCGGGCCUUAUGGAGCCUUUCUGCACGAUGGCUCAGAGUACUCAGGAGCGUAUGAGGAGAAGAUGAGUAAGGAGGAGCUGAAAGCUUGGCAUCGACCUCAGCUCCACUGCCUGGUUUCAGCAGGAGCUGAUCUCAUUGCUAUGGAAACCAUCCCAAGUCUCAAAGAGGCAGAGGCCUUGGUGGAGCUGCUCCAGGAGUUUCCCAAUUCACAAGCAUGGCUGUCCUUCUCAUGCAAGGACCAACAGUGCAUUUCAAAUGGCAAGAGGUUCUCAGAGGCUGUCCAGCUGGCUAGGAAGUCCAAGCAGCUGGUAGCUGUUGGGGUGAACUGUUGUGCACCUACCCUGGUGGAACCACUGCUUGAUUCUGCUGGUCCACUUUGGAGCCCAGACCUGUGCUGGGUUGUCUACCCCAACAGCGGAGAGGAGUGGAUUCAUGAAACUGGGUGGAAAGCAACCGACAGGAAAACGUCCUUUGCCGAACUGAGCCUGAAGUGGAGGGAACAAGGGGCUGCUUGGAUUGGUGGAUGCUGCCGCAUUAGUCCAGCUGACAUUGCUGAAAUAAGACACCAACUACUUGGAAACAAAGCGACUGAAAAUUCCUAAAGAGACCUGCAGGAGCAUUACUGUCUUGACUUGAAAUGAUUGUUUGGUGUCUGUAAUUACAGAAUCAAGUCACAGGAUUUAGCUUUUGAUACCAAUGCAAUCCUGUGAACACACCCACCCACCUUCUGAAUUUUAAUAUAAAAGAUUAAAUUUUAAAUUAUUACUGUGUAAUUCUGUAA